AUGCCGUGGGGUUGGGAGUGUAGAGCUAAAUUAAUAAAACAAGUGCCAACAAAACCAACCAAACCUCGUGGUACGGUCUCAAGUGCUUCAAAAUGUCCAGGACCAAAUCACUAUGAAACUCCAGAAAUAUUUUGUGGUAAAGGAUAUUCGCAUAUAAAACGGGCGCUCGCUUUUACUUUUGGACAUCUGACUCCCGUCACCAAAAGAAAACCACCGAUCUUGAACUCAGCGCCUAUGUUGGAUACAAGCGGAAUGGGACCAAAAGGUGGUUACAAAGUAAAACACGGUGUAGUCUCUCCUCGAAUCGAAGUUUCCCAAGAGAGAGGACUUUCUCCAGGGCCUGCCAAUUAUGCACCACGUAGUGAGGCGAUGUAUAAGCGAGUGCCAGCUUACAGCAUGCGUCCUCCAGCGCCUCCGCCUUAUCAACCGUGGGACCAGUGGACACCAUCGCCAAACAUGUAUUUGCCUCGGAUACCAGGCAAGAGGAACUCUCCAGCCUACUCUUUUGGUAAUCCCGCAAAAGAAUUAAGUAGUCAGAUGAUUCCAAGCCCGGGAGCCCAUGAUCCUAAAUUUGAAUAUGUUCAGAAAAGUAAACCAGCUUACUCGUUUGGAGCGCCUUAUAGAUCUUUGAAGCCACCUAAAGUUCCACCUCCAAAUAGGUAUUGUGAGAAAAAGUUUAUGUAUCCAAAACGAGCGAUACCAGCUCCUUCAUUCGGUAUUCGUCAUACGCCAUAUCUCGGCAAGCAGCCCGAAUACCUGAGAUCGUCAAAACUGGAUCUAAUUGUUACGAAAGAUAUUUGA